AUGUCUGCUGGCAUGGACCAGGUUGCCAACCCAUCGACAGUGCACUGUGAUCAUUUGAUUGAAGCUCAAGUUGGAGGUGAGAAGGAUCUUGCUCGUGCUAUUAGCAUCAACAAGGAGGUUUAUGAUUUCCUGUCCACCGCCUGUGCCAAGUAUAAUAUUGGCUUUUGGCGGCCUGGAUCCGGCAUCAUUCACCAGAUCCUCCUCGAAAACUAUGCCUUCCCUGGUGGUUUGCUUAUUGGAACCGACUCGCACACUCCAAAUGGCGGCGGUCUUGGCAUGGCAGCCAUUGGUGUUGGUGGCGCUGAUGCCGUCGAUGUCAUGGCGAACUUGCCAUGGGAGUUGAAGGCUCCCAAGGUUAUUGGCGUCAAGCUGACUGGCCAAAUGUCUGGUUGGACGUCUCCCAAAGGUGAGCCAAUAUCCCUAUUCAUCCUAAGUGCAUAUACAACAUUCUAUGUUAUCGUAUCCGUAACAAGGAUUUUUUGCAUGCGAUUGCAUAAUGCUAUAUACGUGGUUAAUUAUUCAGCAUUUGCGUGUAUCCUGGGCCCCCUUGUAUAUUUUAUAAUGCAACUUGACAUAGGCACUAACUGUUUCUUAAGAUAUUAUUCUGCGGGUAGCCGAUAUAUUGACUGUCAAGGGUGGCACCGGCGCCAUUGUCGAGUACCAUGGACCCGGAGUCGACAAUAUCAGCUGUACUGGCAUGGCCUCGAUUUGCAACAUGGGAAAGUCUCCGAAAUUGGAGCCACUACAUCUGUCUUCACCUUCAACGACCGAAUGUACGACUACCUGGCAGCGACCAAACGUAAAGAUAUUGGAGAUUUUGCCCGCGCCUACUCUGUAGAGCUUCGCCCCGAUCAAGGCGCUGAGUACGACCAGCUCAUUGAGCUUAACUUGUCAGAGCUGGAACCUUAUAUCAACGGACCUUUCACUCCUGACCUCGGCACUCCCAUUUCGAAAUUUAGCCAAGCUGUGAAGGAGAACGGUUGGCCCGAGGAGCUGAAGGUUGGUCUCAUCGGCUCUUGCACGAAUUCAUCCUAUGAGGACAUGUCCCGGGCAGCAUCAAUUGCUCGGGACGCUCUUGACCAUGGCCUGAAGGCCAAGGCUGCUUUUACCGUCACUCCGGGAUCCGAGCAGAUUCGAGCAACCAUUGAGCGAGAUGGACAGCUCCAGACCUUUGAGGAGUUUGGCGGUAUGGUUCUGGCUAACGCCUGUGGCCCUUGCAUCGGCCAGUGGGAUCGCCAGGACGUGAAGAAGGGCGAGGCCAACUCCAUUCUCUCCUCAUACAACAGAAACUUCACUGGUAGAAAUGAUGGCAACCCCGCCACCCAUUCUUUUGUUACCUCCCCCGACCUUGUGGUUGCUCUGACCAUUGCGGGUAGCAUGCAUUUCAACCCUCUAACAGACAAGCUCAAAGACAAGGACGGCAAUGAGUUCCUCUUGAAGCCCCCUACUGGCGACAGUCUUCCCGCUCGAGGCUUUGACCCCGGAAACGAUACUUAUCAGGCCCCUCCGAAGGAUCGUGCCAGCGUCAAUGUCCAGGUAGCCCCGACCUCGGACCGCCUCCAGGUCCUUCAGCCAUUCCAGCCUUGGGAUGGAAAGGAUGCCAAGGACAUCCCUAUUCUUAUCAAAGCCAAGGGCAAGACCACUACAGACCAUAUCUCCAUGGCAGGCCCAUGGCUAAAGUACCGUGGUCACCUUGACAACAUCUCUAACAAUAUGCUCAUCGGUGCCAUCAAUGAGGCUAAUGACGAAGCCAACAAGAUCAAGAACUUCACGACUGGGGAGUGGGAUGCUGUUCCUGCCGUUGCACGUGACUAUAAGAAGAAGGGUAUCAAGUGGGUGGUCAUUGGUGACUGGAAUUACGGAGAAGGUAGCUCCCGUGAACAUGCCGCCUUAGAGCCUCGCCACCUGGGUGGCUUAGCCAUUAUUACACGAAGUUUUGCUCGUAUUCACGAAACCAACCUCAAAAAGCAAGGAAUGCUCCCGCUCACUUUUGCCGAACCUGCUGAUUAUGACAAGAUCAAGCCUGAUGACAAGGUAAGUGAACACCGAGACAGUCUGUUUCGAUCUCCUAAGGCGUCUUUCGAAUAUUACAUGGGCUAG